UAUGUACCAGCUUGCUGGCCUUGUCUACAAACAAACAUCCGAAGUGACCGGCACAAACAGCAGGGCACCUUUCUUCCUCCUCGGGCGUCCGCCAUUAGCUAAGCACCUUUCUUCCUCAUCUUUGCAACCAGCACGGACGCGCCCAUGCAGCCGGCCGGCCAUGGCGGCGGCGGCGGCGGGCAGGACGACUUCCUGGACCAGAUGCUGUCCGCGCUGCCGCCGGCGUGGGCCGAGCUCGCCUCCCCCAAGCCGCCCUGGGAGCUUCCCUCCGCCGCCGGAGGCGACGACGACGAGUCCACCCUCCUCGCCUCCCGCCUCCGCCACCACCAGAUCAGCGGCGGCGGCGGCGGCGGGAACGACGAGCUCCGCCUGGGCGAACUCCGAAGCCACGGACUCGACGGCGGCGGGGGGUUCCUGCCGCUGCCGCUCUUCGCGGACCGGUCGCGGGACGACUUCGUGGCCGCCGGAAUGCAUGGUGGCGUCGCCUCCGCCGCUGUUCAUACACCUUUCGGGCAGGCCGGAUCAAUGCCUGCGCCACCUCCUCCUCCGGCGGUGGCCCCGCCGCGGCAGCGCGUGCGGGCGAGAAGAGGGCAGGCCACAGACCCCCACAGCAUCGCCGAACGUCUCCGGAGGGAGAGGAUAGCGGAGAGGAUGAAGGCAUUGCAGGAGCUGGUCCCAAGCGCCAACAAGACCGACAAGGCAUCGAUGCUCGAUGAGAUCAUUGAUUAUGUGAAGUUCCUCCAGGUCCAAGUCAAGGUUCUCAGCAUGAGCCGAUUAGGUGGAGCUGGUGCCGUUGCCCCUCUGGUUGCUAACAUGUCACCAGAGGAUAAUGGGAACGGAGAUGGGACCAGCAGCAGUGGCUGGGAUGGCAAUGCCGGCAACAGCGACGACAAUGGUGGUGGCAGCACCUUGCGUGCGACGGAGGAACAAGUGUCAAGGUUGAUGGAGGAAGACAUGGGCUCCGCUAUGCAGUACCUGCAGGGCAAGGGCCUCUGUCUGAUGCCAAUCUCCCUUGCCUCGCUAAUCUCCUCCGCAACCUCGCCGUCGCCCCUCCUUCCCCACCGCAUGGGCCACGCUACUGCCGGAGGCGGAGGUGUUCUACGUGCAGAUGGUAGCCCUGCAUCGCCACCGUCGUUGGUGAACGGCUCCACGGGCGGUGACUCCCAGUCCAACAAAGAUACCGGUGCCGGUGGGAGGUAGACAGUGAAGUUGGACGGCCAUUCUUCCGGUCAGGGUCAGUUCAGAAAGGUUGUGUAAUUCUGGGGGUAGAGCUGUCAGCUGGCGCUUCUCUCUUUUCUGUUAUAUUCUCCUUCUGUUUGUUUAUAAGAAAUUAUGUUUAAUCAUCCAACCUUUAGUUCGACCUUUACGUUUUACCUGUUCUUAAGCAAUACAGUACUCCGUAGCUUUUAUGGUAUCCUUUUUGCGUUCUUUA